AUGUACUGCAAAAACAUCGCAAUUGCUCUGGCUGUGGCCACAGGCGUCAUUGCCCAACGCCCUGCCGACACUCCCAUUUGCGACUACUACACAACGGCAUUGUUGAAGAAUAACACUGGUGCGAACCAGUACACGCUCCUCACACUCUUGGUCAACACGGUUGUCAUUGGAAAUUAUACGAUGCCGAAUGUCGGAAUCAAGGUCGAUGGUAUCCUGGCACCUGGCAUGUACAAUGGCGCUGAGGUCAACCUCCUUCCUUACUUCAACGGAGACUUGGCCUCAUCGAACCGGGGCGGCAGUUCUGGUGUGUCUGUCAACUUCCUCGAUGGCGGCGGUGCUGCCCCUUUGAUGAAGAACAUGCCUGCGAACGAUGACACGUCCAAGCAAUAG